AUGCGAGGUGUGCAGAUCUUCUCAGGGACAUCCCACCCGGCCUUGACAGACUCCAUCUGUGAGCGUCUAGGUGCUGUCCCCGCACCGGCUGAGCUCCGGAAAUUCAGCAAUGGAGAGACAUUGGUCAACAUCGGUGUCUCUGUUCGAAACCAGGAUGUCUAUAUUGUGCAGAGUGGGAGCAGCAAGAUCAAUGAUAGCUUGAUGGAGCUCUUGAUCAUGGUCUCUGCCUGCAAAGGCGGGUCAGCUAAGACGAUAACCGCUGUCAUGCCCUAUUUUCCCUAUUCGAGGCAGUCGAAAAAGAAGAGCCACCGAGGUGCUAUCACAGCUCGAAUGAUCGCAAACUUGCUCAACAUUGCUGGUGUCGAUCAUGUCAUUACUCUGGAUUUACAUGCGUCUCAAAUGCAAGGUUUCUUCGCAAAGCCCGUCGAUAACCUCUUCGCAGAACCAUUGAUAGCCCGUUGGAUUCGUAUGAAUGUACCUAGCUGGAGAGACGCAGUCGUUGUCAGCAAGAAUGCGGGUGGUACGAAGCGAGUAACAUCGCUCGCGGAUACCUUGAAGCUCAAUUUCGGCAUUGUCACAACAGAGCGACGCAGGCCCAAGGUUCAUAUGUCCAUGACAGACAGCAUGGUUUUCUUUGAUACCAUAGAGAAGGGAAAUCAUUCAGCUGGGAGAGCUAUAAAUAUUCUAGCUGUCGACCACGACUCGGCUGUGGACGAUUAUUUCCUCUCGAGAUCUGCUGAUACAUUAAGAUUAAGGCCCGAGACUCCUCCCUCAGCUCGGCGACCUUCUGAAUUGGAAGCUGCAGAAUACACAACCGACGAAAGAGCCCGUGAAGUGAUUACAGGACGCAUCGUACAAGGACAUCUUGUCGAUGACGAUUUUGUGGACGGAUCGCAAGUGGCCACUCCCCUUCCUCUAACAGGUUCAGAAAGUGGCGAUAGUACCACUAUUGAUCAUAUGGCAUCGUCUUUUAUGUCUGCCGCAUCGUCACACGAGGAUCACGCCCUUGGAGGAACAUAUGAUGCCGUUGAAUCGGACGAUGAUGAGCCCCCAGCAAUGGCGACCAAUAACGACGAGAAGACAAUCACAUUAGUUGGAAACGUAAAGGAUAAGGCUGUUUUUAUUAUCGAUGACAUGAUUGAUCGAAGUGGGUCAUGGAUUACUGCCGCUGAGACAGUCGUCAGAAGAGGCGGUGCAAAGACAGUAUACUGCAUUGCCACACAUGGACUAUUCGGUAACAACUGCUUAGAGGAAAUGGAGAACAGUGAUGUGAUUGAUCAUAUUGUUGUCACAAAUUCCUUUCCCAUUCCUGCAGAAAAGAUGCGUCUCUCCAAGAAGUUGACCGUUAUUGACGUGUCUGCCCUGUUAUCGGAGAGCAUCCGGCGUCAUCACUAUGGCGAGAGUAUAUCUGCUCUUUUCCAAUUGACUGAUUAA